AUGUCUAAAGUCAAUCAUACACUUGCUCUCCAUCUAUCAAAAGAACACACAGAUCUGAUUGCUAGAUUAGAUACAAUGCAGCAAAGUCUGAAGGAUAUGGAUUCUAAAAUUGGCUACGUUGUCAAAGGCAAUGCUGAUGCUUUGGAAGUUCUGGAUAAUCUUAUUGAAAUUUCUGAUAAUGUUCUUGAGAUUGCUCCUGCCUCUGCUUCAGCUGCCACUUCUUUUAAUGUUAAUCAAAAAGUUUACAAUCGACUUUUCUCUCUUAUCCAAAGCCAAUUGAGAGAUCCAAAAUUCAGAUCAAAUAAUGCAGCUUUGAUUACAGCAAAUGACAGCAAGUCCGGUUGGAAUACAGAAAUUCAUUUCAAUCGUUCCUCUAAUAACGAACUGACACUUGCACUUAUGACUUAUCUGAAGCCAAAGUUUGCUACAGAUGGGCUUAGGCCAUUCAAAAUCUGCAGUAGUAUUUAUACUAACUUUUGUAGAAGACGUUCUGCUGAACGAAAGUCGUCGUCAGCCCUUGAUGCAGGAAGAUCAUGGUCAAGAAGAGCAAGUCGAGCAACCAUUAACUUUGAUCGCUGUGAGCUGGCCUACAGCAUGUGCAAGGCUGACAUUAAUACGUUGAUGGGAAAGGAUUGCGAAGGGCUCAUCAACAAGGUAGCAAUGUCUGAGGGUGAGUCGGAGAAUGAGACAUCUGGAGUUCCUGGCAAUCAUGUGAUCCAUACAUACAAUAAGUUUCUGGGGCAUGUUGACGAAGCCGUGCUCAGAUGCUUGAACCUAAAUGUGCACCAGAUGGCAAAGAAGACCUUUGGCAGAGAUGCUGAUUUAGCAGUCCAGAGUCAACUGAAGUGCUCUCUUCCCCAGUGGGCUUUCAAAGAUGAGCUCUAA